AUGGUUGAUAUUGGAGCUUUUGGUAAAUUCAGUGACUCGUCAAUAUUUCAAAAUUCUGUUUUCUACGAAAGAAUGCAAAAAAACCAAUUGGAUAUUCCAGAGCCUAUUUCACAAAACAGCGAGACAUGUAUGCCAUACGUUUUUGUAGGCGACGAGGCAUUUGCAUUAUCUACGAAUAUGAUGCGCCCAUACGCAAAAAAAGAUUUGGAUGAAACUAAAAGAACGUUCAAUUACAGGCUUUCUAGAGCAAGAAGAUAUGUGGAAUGCAGUUUUGGAAUUUAUGCAAACAAGUGGCGUAUAUUUCAUAGACCUCUAAAUGUUCACUCUGAUCUAGCAAAAGAUAUUAUAAACGCUACUUGUGUACUACAUAAUUUUGUAAGAGACCGAGAUGGUUAUUGUUACGACGACUCACUCAGUUGCCCUUUGACAGAAAACUUAACACAGGAAGGGUUAAGAAGGAACCCUAAAACUGCGUUGAGAUACAGAGAAUUGUUUGCCCAAUAUUUUAUGACUGAUGGGAAAUUAGAAUGGCAAAGAAAUAUGAUUUAA